CACGCUUUUUGUCCUCGUUUUGCCCAUUACUGGCUCGGUGGCUGUAGCGUUAGGAACUAUUUGUUUUAGUGAAAGCUAGUUUAGGUUUAGAUUAGUAGCCUACUGCGCAGGCGUUUGGGAAAGUCGUUAAGGGUAGGUAUAAAAAGUACUGUUAAUCAUGUAUGCACUACUAAUAGCAAACUUUGGAUAGUUAGGUAUAUUUUUUAGGGUAUUAUGUUUAAGCUGUUAAACCUUAUAAUACAGUGACCAUACAGCCACUUCUAACAAAUGCUUUGUAUCAACCUAAGCGAUGUCCCGAGAAUCGGUUCGUCUGGACUUCUAUUUGAAUAAGAUUCUUAAUAUUAGUAGUACUGUGCAAGUAAAAAGUUUUGUGUUAAUGUUUUUACUUUUUUGUAAGUAAAAAUGUUAUAAUGUGACCAACAAGUUAACAACACAUGGUGUACUGGAAAUGAAAUCAAAAGUUGACUAGCUCUGCAGAACUUCUCGAAAAGAGCUAAACAAACUAAAAUGGAAGAUUCACAAGAUGAAUUUGUUGUGACUGCUUCACAAGCGAAACAACUUACAAGGAAAAGAGACGAUAUAGAAAGAAAGUUUUCCGUUCUGUUAAAAAUUCCACAAGAAGAGAAUGAUGGAAUGAUAUGGAUAAGAGUACGAGGAAAUAUUGCGAAUGUUACUUCUGCAAAGACCUACGUGAAAGCGAUUUGCAAUCCAGAUGCGCGAGAAAUAAUAUGGAUGCAUCAAAUGCCACGCUGUGUGUUUACUGCAUUUACUGGCUUCUGGCAUGACCAGCUUGAAUUUAAAUUCUGUGUGUUGAUAAAAUAUGAGCAUUCUUCAUACAAACUACAAGGCUCUCAAAUGCAAGUUGUACAGGCUGUGUCUUACCUCAUGGAACUGCAUAAAAUGGCGACUGACUAUGAUAACCCACGUAUUUCAAGCACUGAUCAAUCUGUAGUUGAAUUUAACAACAAAAUAUCAAACGCUGUGGAAGAUCAAGUAGAGACACUACUAGCCCUUUCACCAGCUCUUAAAAAGGAAUUGCUAGGUAUGAUAAACUCUGCUGGAAGAGAAUUUUCUGCAAGGAUCACAAUUAUAAAGCAAGGAAAUGAUGCCAUAAGAGAUAGAACAAAUUCUGUUUCAUCUGCAAUGGCAACUUAUAAUGACUCAGAUGUGGAAGUGAUAGAAGUAGGUGCAACUGCCGAUACACCUGGGACAAGCAGAGCUUUUGCUGAUGAUGAUGCAAGUACAAAUGGUCACACGGAUGGUGGGUUUGACGAACAAGCGAAGUUUAUAAAGAGAACAAUGAAACAAAUUGGUUUCGAGGAUGAACACAUAGAAAUCUUACUACGACGUCACGGCGGCCACGUCACAUUUGACGACGCGUUAAAAGAACUUCACAGAAUGAAAGAGAAAAAACUUCUUGAGGCCAGAGAGUCCCCUACACCUGAUCUUAUGAGUUUUCCUUCACCCAGUGACAACAUGAACGACGUUGUAAUUGUCUCGUCCGAGGACGAAGAUGAUGAUGAUGUCAUAUACGUUGAUGAAAGCAAAAAAACAACAACAAAUAAAUCAACAACAAAAUCAACGAAUAAAUCAACACAUUCAAAAUUCCCUGAAAUUAUUGAAAUAGAGCAAUGGCUAAAGAAUACAUACGAAGUCACAAACAUAGGAAAAGACAGCGUAAACAAACGAGAAAUGUUAAAAGAUUUCAUCAACCAUUUUAAACUUGAACCAUCAUCUGAUUUAUCAAACAACUUCUUUAAUAAAUUGUCGCAAUCUAUAUUUGAAAGGGAUUCUACAUACAAGUUAGUGAAAUCAAGAGGUAGCGCUGGCAACAAACGUCUAGUGUGCAUUAAAAAGCGUUUACACUCGCCGCUAGGUGGCAGCCACGCUCCACCGAAACAAAACACGUCUACGCAGCCUACACCAGUACCAAACAGUAACCUCGCACCAGGAGGAAGCAUUAAACAAUGGCUGAACAGCUCCCCAAACAAGCACAGUCCGCCCACGGCAGCUGUAAACCAGUAUAAUCCGGUUAUGCCAAAUGCCGCUCCAAUUACAUUAUCCAAGGUUUAACCAACCCCGACCAGUCUUCCACCACCCUCCAGCACAAAUGCAACAAGUACAGGUACGUCAUCGGGGAAAACUCUCAAACAAAGAACUUCUCAAUCUAUCCAGAAACCAAGGGAAACCAAAUCUAAGACCUAUCAUUAUUGAUGGGCCUAAUGUUGCUGUGAGUCAUGGUAAUGGAAAUGCUUUCUCAUGCCGAGGUAUUGCGAUAUGCGUCAAUUAUUUCUGGUCACGUGGGCACCGUGACGUCACAUGCUUCGUACCAAAUUACCGCAAAGGCAGUAAAGGACAUCCGCCUACAAUUGACCAAGAGAUUAUUUACGAUCUUGAAAGCCAAGGAAUUUUGAAGAUUACGCCUUCGCGUGAAGUCAAUGGUCGUAAUGUGGUUUGUUAUGACGAUGGGUUCGUAUUAAACCUAGCCGUUCAAAACGACGGAGUUAUCGUUUCAAACGAUCAGUACCGUGAUCUACGUGAUAAGGAUGAU